AUGGGGAACAGCAAUUUCCCAUCGCCUUUCAAGGUGAAAUCCGGUUCCAAUUCCAAGGAGGAAAAAGCCACUCCUAGAGCCAAUUAUAGCACUACGUUCAACAGUAGCCAUCUUUAUAGCAACUCCAGAGUGAUCCUGAAACUGGCUGGCAUCGGCAAUAAAAGUAUUGAUGUUGGUGCCGAAAGCAGUUCGAAUGAUAUACUAGACUGGAUCACUGAUGUUGAUACUCGAUUCAAGCACUUGAUGCGACAGCAGAAAUUAGAGCUGCAAUUGUUGAAUGUUCAAGACCAACAAGAUCAAUUGAGAUUGAAGUACAAAAAUAAAAUUUUUGACGAUACUUUUGAAAAGUUGGGAGCAAUACUUGAAAAGCAGCAUAGUGAAUCGGAUCAAGAAGAACAUGAAAUAGAAAGAGUGAAAAAGAGAAUUGAAAAAGAAGAAACAGAGGAUUAUGAUGAUCAAUAUGAGGAAGCAGAAGAUGAUGAUGAAGAGGAAAAUGAAGAAGAUGGAGUAGAAGAUGGAGAAGGUGAUCUCAUAGAAAUUUUAUCAUCAGAGCAGGAAGAAGAAGUAUCUGAAGAUGAGUCUGAAUCUGAAGAUGAAGAUGAAGAUGAAGAACAUCAUGUUGAAAAGGAAGAAGAACCUGAGGCUCGUCCUAAUAUAAAUCUCACAUACCCAAACACACAAUAUACCAAUAGUGGCAUCCAAUUGCCUUCACAGAAGACCAGCAUACCAUAUAGUAUCCAUCAUGGAAGACCUCGAUUGUCAGAUUCUUCCCUAUGGUACAGUCAAGUUCGCGAAGAAAAGGAUGAUGAUGGGCCGGAAGAUGAGGACCAAGAUGAAGAAGACGAAGAUGAAGAAGAAGACGAAGAUGAAGAAGAAGAAGAAGAAGAAGAAGAAGAAGAGGAAGACGAAGAUGUAGAAGAAGAUGAUGAUGAAGAAGAAUUGAAUGACGAAGAAUUGAAUGACGAAGAAUUGAAUGAUGAAGAUGUUGAAGAAGAGAUUGAAGAAGAGAUUGAAUAUAGCGAGGAGGAGGGCGAUCAUCGUAUUUUUAAUAGACAUCCGGAGUUGGAUUCUUCCUUGCAACAUACUCAAGGCAGUAGUUUUGAACAGACUCAACGAGAUCCCGAAGAUGAAGAUGAUUCUAUUAUUGUUUUAGAUUCUGAGUCCGAUCAGGACGAAGAGGAGGAGGAAGAAGAGGUGAAUGAUCCACUUCGAUCUUUAUCUUACUCCCAUGCAAAUCAUCAAGAUCUUCAUAGAAAUGAAGUAGAAAAAAGUGAGGUAUCUGAAGAAGAAUAUGCUCGCGCAUAUGAAGAAAAUGGAAAGGAAGACGAAGGUGAAUACGAAGAUGAAGACGAAGACGAACAUGAAGACGAAGACGAAAAUGGAAGUGAAAGUAGUAAAGACGACGAAGUUGAUGAUGAAAAUAGUAAUGAUCUGGAAAUGGGUGUUAGUAAUCAAGAAGGUAAGACUCAAGAAAGCCAAGAACAGGCUUUUGUGGAUUUUUCUUCUGUGUAUGAUCCUUCAAGUAACUUCUUUGGGCACCAAGAUCUACUUCAGCUUGCUAAUACUGUUUUACAGAACGCAGAUUCAGAGUCCGUUUCUAUUGGAAAUUCCCGAAUAGAUCCAGAGAAUGAAACUUUUCCUUUGACUUAUGAAGAACGGUCUCGUAUGGCAGGUUACAAUGCUGACAUUGAAGCUACAGACAAUAAUACGGCAACAAACGUGCCAACAAAGGAUGAAGAAGAAUACGAUCUGAACAGCCACGUCAAAGCUGAAGAUAUCGCUCCCAUUCCUAACUCAUUUUAUGCUGAAGAAUUUGAAACUGCUCAUGAUAUGAAAUUGGAGGAGGCCGAUGAAAACAAUUCAGAUGGAUCUUUGGCUGAUGAAGAAAGCGAUGUAAACAGAUUGAAACAAGAAUUGAAAUUUGAACAUAAAGUCCAAGAAGAUGUACGUACUAAGCCGAAUGGCUCUACUGAGUUAGUGAACCAAACUCUUCAACUUGAACAAAAGCAUGAACGGCAAGGAAAACAAGAUUGUCAAGAAAUUGAGACGGCUGUAAAAUCACAUUCAGAAAUUGAAAGUGAGAGUCAGAGUGAAAGUGAUUCAGAACUGUAUGCAUCCGUUCCUUUCUUCAAGACUAUAGAAGAAGAGGAACCAGAAGUAGUUUUGCAACAGCUUCGUGAAACUGAAAGAAAGUUUCACAUCACUUUGAAUUCAGUUGCUGAUUUAGAAGAGGAAUUAGGGAUAAGGUCUUCUCCAUUUAAUUCUGCUACUCCUUCUAGAAACAUAUCAGUUGAACCAGUUAUUUCCGAACGUGCAACAAAUGAAAGUAAGUCGCGUGUAGAUGAGGUGAUCGUAGACGGGGACGGUGUCAUAGAAGAAGAGGGUUUAUGUCGGCUUGAAAUUCCUAAUGAGAAAACCGAGAUGGAAGAGCUAGAGAAGAUAGAGCGUCCAGUACUUGAAGAGCUUGCUACUGAGGAAGAAGAUUAUACGGAGUCUGAUUCUAGAUUUGAAUUCCUGGGAGUUGAAGCAGUUGAAGAUGGAAAUGAUGAAGUCGUGGCUUCGCAUGAAAUAGUCUCAAAAGAAGAAACAUCAGCAGGAACAACAAAAGUUGAAGAAAUUGAAAUUGCUUUGGUGAAUGAGGAAUAUAUGGAAGAAGCGUCUAAGACGACAGCAGAGUUGGUACAAUCUGGUAUUGAUCUGACUAUUGAAUUGAAAACACAUUCGGUUGAAGAUAUCAUAGAAGAAAAUGAAGGAUCUGUGAUUGAAGAUAAUAGUGAAUCUCACGAUCAGUUUCAAAAUAUUGAAACAGGCUUACCUAUUGACAAUCAGGUAAACUCAGCUGUUUACGAAGGGCAAGGUGUGGAUAAGACAUCAGAACAACAGUUGUCGUCAAUUGAAGGUCAAGAUCACAUGGAAAAUGAAGAGUUACCAGCAGAAAGAGAAAAUAUUGAAGUUCCUCAUUUGGAUUCACUCAUUACUGACGACCAAGAUCAAAGUGCAGAAGUUUCAAAUUAUACAAUUAUAACUGAAACGCAAGAUCAGAUUCCUGAAGUUCCUAAUUUGGAUACAAUUGUUAGUCAAACUCAAGACCAAAGUAUUGAAGAUGAUAAUGCUGAGUUGAAUUCUACAAUUUUGCCUGAUGUUCUUCCUCAGAUUUCAGUUGAAAUGGCAGACGAAGUGAACUCUAGUGUCCCAGAAGAAGUUAAUAGCAUGAAAGAUCUAUCAGAAACAAGACUCCAGUCUAAUGAGCCUAUACAGACUGAUGUUAAGGAGAACGUUAUAAAUGCUGAUUCAGAAGGUGAUGCUGUUCCUUUGUCAAAAUCUAAUGCUGAUUAUUCCGAAAUUGAAAUUCCAAUUUUGGAUGCUUUUGUUAGUGAAACAAAUGACCAAACGGCUGAUGAAAUCACAAUACCAGAUACUUCGACAAUUGACCAUGAACCUGAUGAACGGCCAAUUCCGCCUUAUCUUGAUAGUAUUGAUGUUUCCAAUAAUGAUAUUCUGCGCGAUUCUAUUUCUGUGGUAGAAGAUGCUAAUGAUACUGUUACAAUCAAAAUGCCAUCUCUUGAGCAAAUAAAAGAAGAUAGCGAACUUGUCUUUGAAGAGUCGGGUAUUGAAUCUACUGAAUUAGGGAAUACUUACACAACUGACAUUCUUGAGAAUCCACUUCAAGAAACAAGCAUUAUGCUGAAUAAUGAUAAAAAUGAAGAUGUUGAAAGCAUUCCCAUUCAGGCUCGCUCACAAGAUGGUGAUGGUAAUUUCGCCGAAUCUGUUGUUGUUGAAGAGAUUGAAGAACAGGAUGAAAAUAUUAUCACUGAGAUUAACCAAAAUGUAUCGAUUGAAUUGUUCGAGGGAGAAUCCAUUCUUCGACCUACGGGAGUCAUUGAACCUAAAGCAGAAUCAGCUGACGUUGUGGAUCAUAUUGUCAAUUUUGACCAUGUUAAUCAUAUCUUAGUCCCUGAGGAACCUGAGGAGAUAGUUUCUCCUCUUUUGACUCCUGAAGAAGUGGAAGAUGUCGUUCCUAUUAUACCAAAUGAAAUUAUCGAACCAGAGUCGCCAGAGCCUUCAGGAUUGAAUAUAGCAGAACAAGAAGUAGACAUCGAAGUUGGCGGAGAAGAUAUUGAUUUUCCAACUUCCAUUAUCAUUCCUUCUUCUAGGUCUGCGUCACCAGCAGUAUCAGUUCAGUAUCCAGUGGAUAUGAAGGUAGAAGAAAUUGAUCCUAAUCAAGAUACCAAAGUUGAAGACCCCAAAGCCAUUAAUAGCGAUUCACCAUCAAGUAGAAAGCGAAAGCUGGAAGUGGACGGAGGUAGCUUUGCCAAGAAACUCAAGAGUAAAACUCUGAUAUUUUCGAAGUGGUUCAAGAGAACUGAAGUUGAUGAACAUGUCGAACCAGUUCAAUUUGUUGUGGUACCUGUUUUAGAUCCAGUUGAAGAUGAUGAAACUGAAGACGAAGUUGAAAAUGAGAAUGUAGCUGAUAACUUCGAACUUAGUAAAAAUCAACUAGAUGAAGUCUUUGUGAAAGGAAUGAAUCAAAUAGAAAAGGAGGCAUUUGUCCAAGAAGUGGAACAAUCACAAUUUCAACAAAGUGAAUACAAGAAGAUGUCAGAUUCAGAAGUUGAACUUCCCCAAGAUGUAAAGGACCAUUCUGAAGAACCGCUUGGAUCACAGGAACUUGAGCUGGCUUUUGUUAGUCAUUCCGAUGUUGAGAGAGGAGAAGAAAUUGAAAGGUACUCUGAAGUCGUUGUAGGUGAAGAUAUGAAUACUGGUGAUAAGGCGAUUGAUGAAGGACUAAGUGUUGAUGAAGUGGUUGAUGAAGUGGUUGAUGAAGUGGUUGAUGAUGAAGUGGUUGAAGAAGAGGAUGCAAAGGCCUCUGGUAAGACCGCUGAUAGAGAUAUUGCUGGUAUCGCUGAAAAAGCCCAACACGCUGAGAAGAAUGAAUCUGAAGUAGUUCACGAUGACAAGGAAGAUAACCAGGAGGUUUUGGUUAUUCUUGAUAAAGCAGUUGAACUGCAUGAAUCUAAUCAUCCUGAACAAGGCUUCGUGAGUGAAGAGGUAGUCGCUGCAGCUGUUGGUUACCUGGAUGAAAAGCAAGAACCAGAAAAGACAGAACCAGAAAAAACAGAUCAUUCUCAGGCACCUGAUGCUGCAAUUGGUGUUCAAGAAACUCGUCUUGAAUCUACUGGCGAAGAUAAAAGUGGUGCUAUUUUGGAAGAGAAGAAGUUAGAUGUAAAGAAGAGAAGGAGUUCCUCUGGAGCAAAAUCAAGAAAGAAGAAAAUCCUUGGUUUGGAUGUCGAGGAAUUCCCAGCCCUUGAACUAGAGCCUCGGUCUUUGCGUAAUGGACAUAAGUUUGGUGACGAAGAGUCUACUGCAGCUUCUCAUUCGCCAAGAAAGCCAUCAAGAAGCUCAAUAAAGCCUCUGAAUGUUAUUCUGCCUGAGUUGGUGCAAGAAGAAUUUCCUAGAUUAGAGGUUCCUAAAAGAAAAGGUAGAUCAAAAGUUGAUCAGAAAGUGGAACACGAAGAACCAGACGAGAUUGAUAAGCAUUCAUCACCAAGAAAGACUUCGUGGAAAGAAGAUCAUCUGACAGAUCAUCCAGCUCUAAGAACGAGAUCGAAAUCACCAAUGAAGAGAACUUUGCGAGAGAUCUCAUCCGAGUUGGAACAAGAACUUCCUCGCAAGAGAAGAAGUGCCAGAGUCAAGAAUCAGCAGGAAAAGACUGCUGCAGACAUCGCUGAUCGUCCUGAGGACAACGAUAAGGAAGAAGAAUUGGCCAAUCGUGGAAGAACAAGAAGGAGAAAGUGA